AUGCUUGAUUAUUUUUUUUUACUAGCUUUCUGUGACGUGUAUUCUACUGAGACUUUCUGGUAUCAUUUUUUCUUGAAAUCUUUUAUUAAUGAUGCAAAUCCACCACUUGGCUUCUUCUUCUUACCUAAAGCAGCACUAGCGGAUUUCGCACUAAUAAAACUUUUUCCAUCAUCAGAUGAAUCCCCUGAGUCAUCAGAAUCUGACUCAGAUUUAGAAUCUGAACUGGAAUCCGAUACGGAGUCCGAACUGGAGUUAGAGUCAGAAUCAGAGCUAGAUUCAUCAUCACUACUUGAAGGGGCUUUUGUUUGUGACUUCUCAUUCGAUUUAGAAGUUUUUUCCUUUACAUCUGGGAUGCCUCUUGAAACAAGAUCAGAUAAUGAACUCAAAGAAGGACGAACUUUUCUUGGAAGGUCAUGA